AUGUGUGAACAAGAAUGCAAGCACGAAGACACCAUGUGCAACGUGCCAUAUCGAAGUGCUGUCGGAGGCAUCAUGUAUCUCAUGGUCGCCACACGUCCGGAUCUAGCUGCUGCAGUGGGAUCAUUAUCCCAGUUCUCGUCCGACCCAUGCCCGACUCACUGGCAAGCUUUGAAGCGUGUGCUGAGAUACCUGCAUGAAACGCCCAAUCAUGGUCUUGAGUUUACACGUGAAGAAGGAAGCCGUAUCUGCGGGUACACCGACGCAGACUGGGCCGGCGACAUUGAGUCAAGACGAAGUACAAGCGGCUAUGUGUUCAUGAUGAGCGGAGGAUGCAUCAGCUGGAAAAGCCAGAAACAACGGACGGUCGCGCUAUCUUCAACAGAAGCAGAAUACAUGGCGCUUUCCGAAGCAACCAAAGAAGCAGUAUGGCUCAAAGUGCUUUUGGGGGAACUUGGUGAGAUGACAAGCGACGAAGCGAUCAAGAUGUAUGAAGACAACCAAGGAUCAAUCGCUCUCGCCAAGAACCCGGAGUUCCAUAAGAGAACAAAACACAUCGACAUACGCUACCAUUUUGUGCGUGAGAAGGUGGAAUCAGGUGAAGUCGUUUUGGAGUAUUGCCCGACUCAAGAUAUGCUGGCAGACAUGAUGACCAAGCCGAUCGCCGCUGUACAAUUUGAAAACAUUCGCGAUCGACUUGGGAUCCAAGGUGCCGCAGCUAACGAGUCGAGAGGGAGUGUUGAAAAGACAGCGGCUGUGAAGAAGACACCUCGUCAAGCUGCGUCAAGUGUUGAAGCAAGUGGAAGACCAAGCUUCGCUAUACCGGUGGGUACCGGUAUGUACCAGUAA